AUGUACCCUUGGAAAGAAGCGUUCGCCUCCUGGGCUGAGUCCACCCAGCUCCAGAUCGACGCCUUAGGCCUCAUCACCAUCCUCGGAGCAGAUGAAGUUAACGUCAGUGUCGGUCGCCUCAUUCCCAACCGCUACGCCGAGUUCCUACCGCUACUGGGCGCCUUCGUCCUCGCAAGCAACCAAUUCACGAAGAAGCAACCCAACUUCGAGCUUUACAACCUGACGGAGGGGAUCAAGACAACAGAGAUAGCAGGCUGGCUCUCCCGCUGGCUGAAAGCUCAAGAUUUCCACCAGAUCCAUCACAGGACCCAGUGGGAAGUGCAGAAAUCUCCGCCACGGGGUCUCUCCUACAUCUGGACGGCCUUGGCGAUCAGCGUCCCGUGCCACGGGAUGCUGCUGGCGCUGACCGUGCUUUCAGCCGACUGGUGGGGCUUCCUGAACGUCUUGUCCAUGGUUCUUUCGGUUGUCGUGCGAGUUGUGCUGGUGCAGCAAAACCGGGCGGGGAUUGAUCACGCAAUAACCGAGGCAGAACAAGAGGCCCAAAAAAGAAACCAGGAUAUGACCCAAGCAAAGGUCAUUCUCAUCUUGGACGACUCAAAAAUCGUCACAAUGGAGAUCUCUCGCCACCUCGUCAAGCCAGUCUUCACCAAGGCCCCGACGAUCCCGAACAGUCACCUCUAUAGACUCGUCCGAUGGGUUGGCUGGACAAAUUUGGCUCUGUCGACAGGCGGUUGA